AUGUCUAAAGUGAUACAUCAAUAUUUUAAUCGGAGGUACUCUGAGUGGGAUAUUACAGACUUCCUACAGGAAUGUGAACUUGAAGACUUAGGUGAUAAAAUAAGCGUUUACGUUAAAUCUCUCAAAAUAAUAGCUGAUGCCAAUAAAGGACAAAGGGGCAAUAAAGCAAAGGAGUUGCUUGCAAGAUAUAGAGAGGCUGAAAAAUCUUCUGAGCUUGUAAAUAAAUUCUGGAUGGUUGUCAACGAAAAAUUAAUUAAUAUCAAAAUCAAAAACGAGGAGAACAAAUAUGACUUAACUUUGACCACUAAUGUGAAUAAACAAAUGGGAGCAUAUGUAAACACUAUUACUUCUCAUCUUACAAAACGAUUCCUGGAUUGUGCGAAAGAAAGUCCCUCAAAAUGUGUAACUAAGAAUUUAAAUUCAACGGAAAAUGAUCCCAACAAUUCUUUUAUUGUAUCUGAAAUAAUCAAUGAGGACAACUUGAACAAGCUUUUUACAACACCUGAUGGAAGCAAUUCAGACAAAUCCUAUAAUCCUAGUUUAGAUGGGCCAGAUGAUGAUUCUUUUAUCUCAAUGAAAAAUAGGAAAAUCAAUCAUACCUAUGAUUGGUUUACAGGACUAGGUGUUAUGGAAUUUUCAUUAAGUGAGGGUGCAAAAAAGUGGGUCAUCGAUACACUCAAUGUUUCGAGCUUAUUAUUAGAAUAUCGUGAUAUAUCUGUUCAACAGGCUUCUGAGAAUAAGAUUGAAGAGGUUGCUGAAACACUAUCUUUAAACCAUAUAUUUUUGUUUGAGGAAAAUAUAUUAACUGGGAUUCCAGAAAUGAAUGAACCCAAUCAAUGA